AUGUUAACACAAGAACAAAUUCAACAUUUUGAAAAGAAUGGUUAUCUUGUUGUAGAACAAUUGAUAACACAUGAUGAUUGUGAAAAAUUAAAAGAAUCUAUUAAACAACUUAUUGAUAAAUGGAACCCUGAAUGUGAUAGUUCAUGUAUAUUUUCUAGUAGUGGUAAUCGAGAACAAUCAAAAAGUCGAUAUUUUCUUGAUAGUGCGGAUAAUAUUUCAUUUUUUAUGGAAGAAGAUGCUAUUGAUCCAAAUACAAGAAAACUUAAUCGAGAUAAACAUCACAGCGUUAAUAAAAUUGGACACGCUCUUCAUAUACUCGACCCACAAUUCAAACGAGUUUCAUUUUCUGAUAAAAUCAAAUCAGUCGCACGUGAUUUAAAUUUUAUUAAACCAGCUAUAUGUCAAUCAAUGUAUAUUUGUAAACAACCAGAAAUUGGAGCAAAAGUUAAUCCUCAUCAGGAUGGUACAUAUCUUUUUAAUGAACCACUUAAAAUUGCAGGCAUAUGGAUUGCACUUGAAGAUGCUACUAUAGAAAAUGGUUGUCUUUGGUUUAUACCUGGUUCACAAACAAUACCUAUUAAACGACGUUAUGUUCGAAAUCCUGAUCAAGAAGAAUUUAAUGAAGGAAAAAUAUUAUUGUAUACUGGAAAUGAUGAUCCAUAUGAUGAUAAAGAUUUUGUUCCAGUUGAAGUAAAAGCAGGUGAUGCUAUUGUUAUUCAUGGUCAAGUCGUACAUAAAAGCGAACAAAAUAAGUCACCAAUCUCUAGACAAAUCUAUACUUUUCAUAUAGUUGAAACGAAUAAUUCAGAAUAUAGUAAAGAAAAUUGGCUUCAAACAAAAGAUCCAUUUCCAUUAAUUUACGAUGCAUAA